GAUUCCAGCAACAUCGACAGCUUUGUGAACUGCACCAAGAUCCUGGGCAACCUGGACUUCCUCAUCACCGGCCUGGAGGGGGACCCCUGGCGCAACAUCUCAGCGCUGGACCCUGAGAAGCUGAACGUGUUCCGCACGGUGCGGGAGAUCACAGGGUACCUCAACAUCCAGUCCUGGCCGAAGCACAUGCACAACUUCAGCGUCUUCUCCAACCUGGAGACCAUUGGCGGGCGCAGUCUGUACAACCGUUCGUUCUCCCUCCUCAUCAUGAAAAACGACAACGUGACGUCGCUGGGGCUUCGUUCGCUGCGGGAGGUGAGCGCGGGUCGGGUUUACAUCACCGAGAACCGCCGGCUGUGCUACCUGCACACGGUGCAGUGGGCAGCGCUGUCCCGGCGCCGCGCCGACCUCGACAUCCGCAACAACAAACCGCGCGGCAAAUGCCAGCAAGAGGGGAAGGUGUGCGACCCGCUGUGCUCUGCUGACGGCUGCUGGGGGCCCGGCCCUGCGCAGUGCCUGUCCUGCCGACACUACAGCCGGCGCGGGGUCUGCGUGGAGUCCUGCAGCUUCACGCAGGGUGAGACGCGGGAGUUCGCCGAAGGGACCGAAUGCUUCGAGUGCCACCCGGAGUGCGAGCGCGUGGAGGGCGGCGUCACCUGCAACGGCUCAGGCGCUGACACCUGCACCCGCUGUGCCCACUAUCGUGACGGACCCCACUGCGUGGAGCGCUGCCCCGAAGGCAUCCUGGGCGAGCGCGGCCCCAUCUACAAAUACCCAGACAGCAGCCGGGAGUGCAGGCCCUGCCAUGAGAACUGCACCCGUGGGUGCACAGGGCCAUUGCUGCGGGACUGUCUGGGGGACGCGCUGCCCAGUGCCAGGAGAGCCCCCACAGUGAUCGCAGUGCUGGUGGUCGGGGGGCUCUUCCUCUCCUGCUCCUGCGUCCUGCUCUCCCUGCUUUAUUGGCGAGGCAAGAAGAUCCAGAAGAAGCGGGCGAUGCGGCGCUACCUGGAGCGGGGUGAGAGCCUGGAGCCGCUGGACCCCAGUGAGAAGGCCAACAAGGUGCUGGCUCGCAUCUUCAAGGAGACGGAGCUGAAGCGGCUGAAGGUGUUGGGCUCGGGCGUCUUUGGCACCGUGCACAAGGGCAUCUGGAUCCCGGACGGCGACUCCAUCAAGAUCCCAGUGAGCAUCAAGGUGAUCCAGGACUGGAGCGGGCAGCAGUCCUUCCAUGCCGUCACCGACCACAUGCUGGCCAUCGGCAGCCUGGACCACGCUUACAUCGUUCGGCUGCUGGGCAUCUGCCCCGGCCCCCAGCUGCAGUUGGUGACGCAGCUGCUGCCGCUGGGCUCCCUGCUCGACUACGUGCGCAAGAACCGCGGCAGCAUCAGCCCGCAGCUGCUGCUCAACUGGUGCGUGCAGGUGGCCAAGGGCAUGUAUUACCUGGAGGAGCACCGCAUGGUGCACCGCAACCUGGCGGCGCGCAACGUGCUGCUCAAGUCGCCCAGCCAGGCGCAGGUGGCCGAUUUUGGCAUCGCUGAUCUGCUGUACCCCGACGACAAGAAGUAUUUCUACAACGAGGUCAAGACACCCAUUAAGUGGAUGGCACUGGAGAGCAUCCAUUUUGGGAAGUACACGCACCAGAGUGACGUGUGGAGCUACGGAGUGACGCUGUGGGAGAUGAUGACCUUUGGGGCUGAGCCGUACGCCGGGAUUCGCUUGCCAGAGGUUCCCGACCUGCUGGAGAAGGGCGAGCGGCUCCCGCAGCCCCACAUCUGCACCAUCGACGUCUACAUGGUGAUGGUGAAAUGCUGGAUGAUCGACGAGAACAUCCGCCCCACCUUCAAGGAGCUGGCCAACGAGUUCACCCGCAUGGCGCGGGACCCCCCCCGCUACCUGGUCAUAAAGGAAAGUGGGGCCGUGCCGCCCGCUGAGCCCCCCACCCUGAGCGACAAAGAGCUGGAUGAGAUGGAGACGCUGGAGCUGGAGGAGGAGGAGCUGGAUGUGUCCUUCGGCCUCUGCCCCCCGCGGCCACGGGGCAGCUGCACCCGGAGUCCCAGCCUGCUGAGCCCUCCAGCUGGAUACAUCCCCAUGAACCAGCCCGGCCUCAGCAGCCGCCAGGGCACUGGGACGCGUCCGCCGCGCCGCAGCCGCCAGGAGUCUGUGGGGCGGACGGUGUCGGAGUCAUCGGAGGGCCGGGGCACGGCCUCAGAGCUGGACCUGGCCGAGGGGCUGUCGCUGUCGGGAAGCCUCUGCCGCAGCCUGCGCUCACGGGGGGACAGCGCGUACCUGUCCCAGAGGGAGAGCUUCCCCCCCCCGCCCCCCAGCUCAGAGGGCAGCGAGGAGGACGCCAAUGGCUACGUGACACCCAGCUGCGCCGGACGGGAACCAGAGCCCACGGGGGGCUCAGUACCGGAGCUGGAGGAGGAGUACGAGUACAUGAACCGGCAGCCUGGCGCCCCGCUGCAAGCCCCCCCACCGCGGCCAGCCUCGCUGGAGGAGCUGGGCUACGAAUACAUGGAAGUGGGCUCCGAGCUGGGCAGCCCUGCAGGGCCCUCCCCGGGCCGUGGGGAGGAGGAGGAGGACUAUGAGUACAUGAACAAGCAGCCGCGGCUGAGCCGCUCGCUGGGCAACGUGGUGGGGGGGCCGGGACCCCGGCAUGAGGGCUGCCCCCCCCGGCACGACGGCUACACCGACAUGCGGCCUGGGGAGCCCCCCCCGGCCCCAGCAGAGGAGCAGGGCUACGAGGAGAUGGAGGCGGUGCUGGCCCCCCGUGGCCCUCCCUGCCCUGGCUGCCGCAGCCCCCCCGGACCCCCCCCAGCCUGCAUGAAGCCCCUGCGCAGCCUGGAGGCCUCGGACUGUGCCUUCGACAACCCCGACUACUGGCACAGCCGCCUCUUCACUAAGAUGGACGCCCAGCGGACGUAGGGACCCCCUGCCCCCCCAGCUGUUUACACUGGAUAUGAAGGAUCGUCCCCCCCACUGCUGCUGGACGGAGGGCAAGAGACAAAGCUCCAUGGGGGACAUGAAGACGUGGGAUUGGGGGGGGCAGCCCUGCCUGGGUGUGGGGCUGAUCCCGAACACCUCAGGCCCCAUGGGAGAGGGGCCUUGGACCCCUCCUCUGCACUGCCAUGCCCCAGGGAUAUUCCCAGCGUUUCCCCUCCCCGUGCAGGACUGCAGCAGCAGGCCCUGGCUGGGGUCAGGCUCCCUGCUUUUGGGCUGGGAGGGGGGAUUCGGGGGGGGCUACCUGUGGGGUUGGGGUCCUCCCAGCUGCCAUGGGUGAGAGGCUCUGCAUUUCUUUGCUUCCUGCAUGGGGUGGAUUGAGGGUAAUCCCCGACUGCAGGCUGGGCUGUGUGCCCACGCCGCAUGGCAACCCUGGCAGCCCGGCCCUCCCGAGGGGCUCCGUGGGUCGAGACUGGGCCGCGCCCAUGGGCCCCACAGAGGCCCUUUCACUGCGCUCCGAGCAUCUCCCCGCUCCCAGGGAGUCGGGUCUCGUUUGUAAACGUGGAAUAAAUACAACUGGAAGAGAA